AUGGAGAUACAUGAACACGCUGAAAACGGGUAUGCAAAAGUUGCCAACGCUUACGAUAGAGGCCGACCGGGUUAUCCUAUUGAAGUGGCCAAUUUCUUAUGCUCACUGCAAACGAAUAUAUUGGACAAGACUGUCCUCGACUUAGGAGCAGGUACAGGAAAGUUUACUAGUUUAUUAUCAACAAUUGGAGCAGAAAAGAUCAUAGCCAUAGAACCAGUUGAAAGUAUGAGAGAUAAAUUAUUCUUAAUUCGUGAUAUUGCAGUGAUGGAAGGUACAGCUGAAAAUAUUCCACUUGAUGACAAUAGCGUUGAUAUUGUCACUUGCGCACAAGCAUUCCAUUGGUUCGAUGGACCAACAGCCCUUAAAGAAAUCAGGCGUGUUUUGAAACCAAAUGGACUACUAUUUCUUGUAUGGAAUGUAAGAAACGAUGAUAAAUAUCCAUGGUUACAGCAAAUGGCUCAUAUAUAUGAGAGGCGAAUGCCAUCAACGGCUUCACCACGAUAUAAACAUAUGGAAUGGAAAAAAUUGUUCGAAAUCGACAAUGGUUUCUCUGCCUUAGAACAUCGACAGUUUUCAAACGAUCAGUGUGGUACAAUGGAUUCACAAAUAGACUGCAUGUUAUCUGUUAGCUAUAUAGCAGUUUUACCAGAUGAAGAACAUAAAAUUAUUGCAGAUAAAAUUCGGGUAUUUCUGCAAAAUGAACCAGAAAUAAAGGAGAAAAGUUUAUUUGUAAUACCGUACUGCACUGACGUUUACUGGUGUACAUCUUUAAAGAAGUCAGAAUCAGAACAUGAACAGUAG